AUUUCCAAAAAAACAAUUUAAUGAUGACACCCAAUUUAAUAGGCAGCACCUUUAUAUUGGCCGAAACGGCAAUUGCCGAUGGUAACAACAAUAAGAUGGCCGCUCCCGCUUCCGCUUCUGGAGCGUCAGCAGCUGUGAAAUCGUCAACGAUCAAGAGCAAGGAGUCCUCGGUGGCCAAGGCCACUGAAGCAAAGGUAUCACCAGCUGUUAAACCCUAUGAAAUGGAAAUUGUCUGGCAUAAUGUUGUCCUCUUCAUCAUUCUCCACUCGAUGGCCUUAUAUGGAGGAUAUUUGAUCUAUGCCGAAAGCGCGUAUCUGGAGAUAGUGCCAAUUUAUAUAACCAUGUUUUUGGGCGGAUUGGGCAUUACGGCUGGAGUGCAUCGUCUAUGGUCUCACAAGGCUUACAAAGCAAAAUUGCCAUUGCGCAUCUUCCUCAUGCUGUGCCAAUCGUUGGCCUUCCAGAACAGCAUUUGGGAAUGGACACGUGAUCAUCGUGUGCAUCACAAGUUUGUCGAUACACAUGCCGAUCCUCACAAUUCGCGUCGUGGCUUCUUCUUUGCCCACAUGGGUUGGCUGAUGUGCAAGAAGCAUCCCGAUGUCACCAGCAAGGGAAAACAAAUUGAUAUGAGUGAUAUUGAACAGGAUCCCGUGGUUAUGUUCCAAAAGAAAUUCUACUUUAUUAUUAUGCCAAUUUGCUGCUUUGUUCUGCCCAUGUUGUUCCCAUACUAUUGCAUGGGCACAUCGCUGCGCGUCUGCUUCUUCACCUGCUCCAUUCUGCGUUAUACCUUCUCGUUGCACGGCACAUGGUUGGUCAACAGUGCUGCCCAUUUCUAUGGCAUGAAACCCUACGAUGUCAACAUCAGCUCGGUGAACACUAAACUCGUGUCGACCAUCACCUUCGGCGAGGGAUGGCAUAACUAUCAUCAUGUCUUCCCCUGGGAUUACAAAGCAGCUGAAUUGGGCACUUAUGGCUACAACUGGACCACAGCUUUCAUUGAUGUGAUGGCAAAGAUUGGUCAAGCCUACGAUCUGAAGUUUGUGUCAAAGGACAUGGUCCACAAGCGUGUCCUGCGUACUGGAGAUGGUUCACAUAUUGCUGCUCUAAUCGAUGCCAAUAACAAUGAUACAGCUCCUUCUAACGAAUUGGUUGCCCAUCUGGAUCAUGAUCUGGAGGAGACUGCCGUUUGGGGCUGGGAUGACAAGGAUAUUAGCGAAGAGGAUCGCCAGGGUGCUUCAAUUGUAAACAGUGAGCUCGAAUGCAAACAGGAUUAGGGUGUUAGAGCGUCUUAGAGCGCAGUUUACUUAUCUUACAAAAUCGAAAGAAACAUAAACACAAAUCGGGACUGCAGUAUUUAUAUUAAUUGCUUAUAUACUCCAAAACAAAACACAAACAAAAACAAAAUGGUGUCUGUUGAAUACAAAAUCUUAGCCCCCUUUCCAAGGAGGAUAAGGAGGAGUCGAGUCCCUGUCGACUGUUUAAGCGCAUGCCAAACGAUAAAUGGCAUGGCAAAAUUAAAAAAGUUAUAUCAAAUAAUGGCUUCAAUUCCAAAUAAAACUAUUCGAGAUUAGUCAAAGAGUUUGCAACAAAAACAAAAAUUAAAAAAAAAACACAAGUAAAUUUUCACCACAGCAAAAUCAAAUAGAAAACUGUAUCUUUAUCUUAAUUAUAAAAAAAAAUGUUUUCCAAUCUAAAUUUGCCUAUAUCGUUCAGUUUACUGAGCAACUAUAUAUAUGUAAAUGAAUGUAUGUCUACGCAAGAGGUUCUAGUUUUAAGAGUACUUACUAAGGUAUAUUUUAAGCAUCGACUCUUUUUAUGUGUGUAAAUUUUUUGUUAGUUAUACUAUAUAGGCACAAAUGCUCUCCUAUUGUAAAUUUCUUAAAACAAA